AUGAGCUCUGUAAUCGAUCAGAUUAAAGAAAAGUCGGCAAAAAGGCGGAAACUACUAGCACAGCAACUUGGCAUAAAAGAUGUAAACAACUACUCUUCUUAUCUUGGUUUUGACAAUGAACGAAGUGCCUUCAAGAAGUACAGCAAUCGGGCGAUCUGUGGUUCGUCUAAUGACAAAUCGAGAGAAAAGACUACGACUGAAAAGAAUACUAACUUACUCGGUGACGACGAUGAAGUGAUUUAUACUGACUCAACAACAUUCCUAAAGGGUACCCAAAGUGCAAAUCCACACAAUGAUUACUGUCAGCACUUUGUUGAUACCGGUCAACGACCUCAGAAUUUCAUUCGUGAUGUUGGACUUAAUGAUCGGUUUGAAGAAUAUCCAAAAUUGAAAGAGCUCAUUCGUUUGAAGGAUGAACUUGUUGCCAAAACGGCCACUCCUCCAAUGUAUCUAAAGUGCGAUUUGCGAAAAUUUGAUUUAAAUCAGCUCAAUUCUAAAUUCGACGUUAUACUCGUUGACCCUCCACUUGAAGAGUACCAGCGUACAAAUGGUGUCAACAAUGUUGAAUUUUGGCCUUGGGAGGAUGUUUUGAAACUUAAAAUAGAAGACGUGGCUGCACCUCGGUCAUUCAUCUUUCUGUGGUGUGGCUCAUCAGAAGGCCUUGACUUGGGUCGUCAGUGUCUUCGUAAGUGGGGUUUUCGCCGAUGUGAAGAUAUUUGCUGGAUCAAGGCAAACGUUCAUCGAAAAGACUUGAAGCACUCAAAAACCCUUGAACCAAAAGCCAUUUUUCAGCGAACCAAAGAGCACUGUUUGAUGGGCAUAAAGGGUACUGUGCGCCGUAGUACUGACGGUGAUUUCAUUCACGCCAACAUUGAUAUCGACUUGAUCAUCACAGAAGCAAUGGACUAUGGAAGCUUGAAAAAGCCUGAUGAGAUCUACCAUAUUAUUGAGCACUUUUGCCUUGGAAGACGCCGCUUGAACGUGUUUGGUCGCGACGACAUCAUUCGGCCUGGCUGGUUGUCCGUGGGACCAGCAUUGACUAACAGCAAUUUUAAUGCUGACACAUACAACGGCUACUUUUGCGGCUCCAACGGUCACCUCACUGGCUGCACUGAACGAAUUGAGAUGCUAAGGCCAAAGUCUCCUCCGCCUAAGAUGAACUCCUCAUUUGGUUCAGUGUACUCCAAUGAGACACCCGAAGAUGCGUUCAUUCGACGAAAGCAACGGCGAAACCGAACCNUGAUAGACUCCUCAUUUGGUUCAGUGUACUCCAAUGAGACACCCGAAGAUGCGUUCAUUCGACGAAAGCAACGGCGAAACCGAACCACGUUUAGUGUGCAGCAGCUAGAAGAACUGGAAAAGGCAUUUGCUCAGACGCACUAUCCGGAUGUCUUUACACGAGAAGAUUUAGCCAUGAAAAUCAAUUUGACUGAAGCUCGUGUGCAAGUUUGGUUUCAGAAUCGUCGAGCCAAAUGGAGAAAAUCUGAGAGGCUCCGAAAAGAGCGUGACGGUUCAAAAGGCGACAAGGGUUCACUUGACCUCGACCCGGGCUCACCGAACAUAAGUAUUGACGUGGCGUCCACUGAAAUGAUCUCAACACCUAGCACCAGCCCUGAACCGAUUGAAACAAAGGAAAAUGAAAGCCCAUCAA